GUCUCCUUUUCAACCUUUCCUCUCCUCCUCCGUCCCCAUCUCCGCCUCCUCCCCCUCACCGCAUCUCCGGAUCCCCCGCCGCGCUGCGCCGCCCCACCGUCGUCGCCGCCGACCCGAGAUCCCCUCCUCGCCCCCCGAUUUGCACGGACGGACGGACAGACCGAGGGAGAUGCCGGUGGGAGCGCGGGCCUGCGCGGGUGAUCUCUCUCCCUCCGUCGACAGCACGCGCGUGGGGAGGGGAGCCGUCGCGUGGGCGCGCCCGCGUGGAGGGGUCCCGUCCGUCUCGCGCCCGCCCGCCCGGCCCGUCCUAGGGUAGAAGCAACAGCGGCGGCGGCGGCAGCGGCAGCAGCUCCGCCGCUCUAGGGUUUGCUCGCUCGGCCGAUCUCGUCGUCGCGUGGCGCGACGGCUAGCAGGAGACGGAUGUUUUCGCACGGCGCGGAUCCCGCCCACGACGCCUCCGCCGCCGGCGGCGGCGUCGGCGUCAGCGCCGGCGGCCCGGUCGUCCACACCCGCUUCGUCUGGCCCCAUGGCGGCAAGAGGGUCUUCCUCAGCGGUUCCUUCACCAGGUGGUCAGAGCAUUUGCCGAUGUCUCCAGUUGAAGGUUGCCCGACUGUAUUUCAAGCUAUCUGCAGCUUACCUCCAGGGAUUUAUCAGUACAAGUUCAAUGUGGACGGGCAGUGGAGGCAUGACGAGGGGCAACCUACUAUAACGGGAGAGUAUGGGGUGGUAAACACUUUGUACUUGACAAGGGAAUUUGACCACAUAAAUACUGUACUGAGCCCCACUACACCUGGGAGCAGGAUGGAUGUGGACAAUGAUAGUUUUCAACGAAUGGGUUCGUUGUCGGAUGGUGCCCUUCAGGAAGGUUCUCCAAGAAUUUCAGAGUCUGCUAUACAGAUCUCUAGGUGUCGUGUUGCUGAGUAUCUGAAUGCGCAUACAGGCUAUGACCUACUACCAGAUUCUGGAAAGGUCAUUGCUCUGGACAUUAAUUUACCUGUGAAGCAAUCUUUCCAUAUUCUCCAUGAACAGGGGAUUCCUGUGGCUCCUCUGUGGGAUUCAUUCAGGGGUCAGUUUGUUGGCCUUCUGAGCCCACUGGAUUUUAUACUUAUAUUGAGAGAGCUGGAAACGCAUGGCUCAAACCUGACAGAGGAACAGCUUGAAACACACACUAUAUCUGCGUGGAAAGAGGCUAAGCGGCAAACUUAUGGAAGAAAUGACGGACAACUUAGAUCAAAUCAGCAUCUAGUGCAUGCCACCCCUUAUGAAUCAUUGAGGGGUAUUGCCAUGAAAAUACUCGAAACUGGUAUUUCUACAGUGCCAAUCAUCUAUUCAUCGUCAACAGAUGGAUCGUUUCCGCAGCUGUUGCAUCUUGCAUCCCUUUCAGGAAUUUUGAAAUGUAUCUGUAGAUACUUCAAGAACUCCACUGGUAGUUUACCGAUUCUAAACCAACCAGUAUGCUCAAUUCCGCUGGGUACAUGGGUUCCAAAAAUUGGUGAACCAAAUGGUCAUCCAUUGGCUAUGUUGCGGCCUAAUACAUCUCUUAGCUCUGCCCUUAACUUGUUGGUUCAAGCUGGAGUUAGUUCAAUACCCAUUGUGGAUGAUAACGACUCGCUGAUCGACACAUACUCCAGAAGUGACAUCACAGCUCUAGCAAAAGACAAGGUCUACACCCAUAUUCGCCUAGAUGAGAUGACCAUUCAUCAGGCCUUGCAGCUUGGGCAAGACGCGAAUUCACCUUUCGGACUUUUCAACGGUCAAAGAUGCCAGAUGUGUCUCCGGUCUGACCCUUUGCUGAAGGUUAUGGAGAGGUUGGCUAAUCCUGGGGUGCGUCGCGUGUUCAUCGUGGAGGCUGGCAGCAAGCGAGUGGAAGGCGUAAUAUCGCUGAGCGACAUAUUCAAGUUGCUGCUGAGCUAGCGAGAGCCCUGUUUUCGUUGGUUCCCGGGCAAGUGGUGCCAGAAGAGCUAGCAUGCAAGAAAGAGAUUGUGGAGCCAACAUGGAGUUCUCUCUCUGGCUUGCUCUUGGACAAGAGUAGCAAAACAGAUUGUAAAGUUUUUUUUUCCUUUCGUUGUGCCAACCCAACCCUCACCGUCCGUCUGUCCGUCUGUCGUAACCGAAACUACCUGGUGACUUUUUUCUCUUUAAAUUUUAUUGGAUUGAUUCCGCUGCUUGGCGAGAUUAGUCUCCAAGGAGCCAGA